AUGAACGAACUUCGAAGUUAUUUAUACCAAAUUUCUGGUCAACAAGCACCCUUCUAUCUUUUAAAACAAUUCUUUACAACUAGUUCACUUAGUCAAGUUAAACCGUUCACUGAAUUUCUCAAAUAUUUUCUUAUUGAUGCCUCACCACUAUUUGUUGCCAAUGCUUAUAACAAAGAAGGUAAAAUGAAAACACUCAUUGAUAUGGAUCCUAAUUUAUAUGCAUUGACAAUGAAGACUAGUACCGCUGUUGUGCAUUCAAAUGAAAUGUCUAUCCAUCUGGUAUUUGAUCUGCUCAAUAAUUUUCUUUAUUCCAAUGAUAAAAAUAUUGAUGAGCAAGUCAUUUUUGACAAAAAUGAUACAGCAUCUUUGCUUUGUUUUGGUGGAUUCUUGUUGUUCACUGGUGAUUAUGAUAAAGCAAUUCAAUAUUUUAAAAUGCUCUUAGAACAUGAGUUGAUUAAUGAUAAUACAAAAGCACAUAUACAUGUCUUGCUGGGUUCAAGUUAUAUUAUGAAAAAAGAAAGAGAAUUGGCACUGAAAUCUUUUGACAAAGCGUUUCAAUCAUGUAUGCCACAAUCCAUACCACCCUGGCUAGCCGCUUCCAUUGCUUCUUUACAUAGUACAUUGCAUGAUCAUUAUCAAUCCACAAAUCAAACACUUCAGGAGCUUCAACUAUUAAUGAAGAACCAACAGUCUGAUAAUGAUGAUUUUGAAAAAUUGCGUCUAUUACAUUUAGGUAACGUUUGUUCAGAGCAACAAAAAUUUAUCGAUGCUCUUAAUUAUUGGGAAGAAGCCGUUGAAAUAACAUCCUACAUGCCUUCUUCACUUGUAACUAUUCUUAAAGGAGCUAUUUAUGUGCAAAUGGCAGCAGCAUAUUUCCGAAUAAAUAACAUAUCUAAAGCGUUAAAUGUCAUGAAAACAGCAAUGCAAUAUUUCGAAUGCUACUAUCCAUCUACACAUAGAAUGUUCGCUAGUUUUCACUUUCUAUGUGGUUAUUAUCUUAUACAUAAUGAAAAACCUUCUGAAGCCGUCGUCCACUUAAACAAAGCAUUGGAAAAUUCAUAUUUUUCUCAAGAUAAAGAAUUCCUUGGGAAUGUUUAUGCAUUAUUGGUAAUGGGUUAUAUUCAAUCUGACAAUUUUGAUCUUGCAGUAGAAUAUUGUGAUAAAGCUGAGCCAUAUAUAUCACCAAACAAUAUCAGCGCAGCAAUUCCUCAGCUAGCAGCAGAGAUACCCGAAAUAAAGAUGAUAACCACAUAUCAAGAUCCAAACCAUGCUCGUCAAGUUGUUCGCACUGGUUUGCUACUCGGUAAACUAUUGCUUUCAGUCAAUGUUCCAAAUCCUACUACACAACCUCAAUCUAUUGAUGAAUUUAUCGCUAUUGCUGAUCAUCAUCGUCAUUGCCAAGAUGAUGUACGUGCACAGAUAUUUUAUACUACAGCUCUCGAUAAAACGACCGAAAUUGAUUCUAAACAUCUAUGGAAUAUUUAUAGAAAAAUGAGAAGAAUGGAUGAGAAUGAUUCAUAUAAAGAUUAUUUUACUGCUUUAUAUUCGAAAUAUGAUGAUGAAAAUCCAAAGCACUUUGAAAUAAUUUCCACAAUACAAAUAAUUCUGUAUAAAUUCUUUCUAUCUGAAAAUGAAUUAAAAGAAGCAUUCGAUUGUUUAAUACAUGGAAUAUUUCUCAAGAUAAAAUUUAUAUAUUAUCAGAAUAAUGUCUUCAAUUCGAAAUAUAUUUCAGAUUUAUUUUAUCAUUUUAUCCACCAAGAACAAAUUAUUCAAAUUGUAUCUAUUUUAACUAAAUUAAUUCAACUAUAUUCUACUGAUUGCUCGAGAUUUCUACAACAGUUUCUAUCGAAAUUUUUUUCUUUUAAUAAUCUCAACAUAGAUUUAUCAAAAAUUAUUCAUCAUGAACAAAUUGACACCAUGUUGAAUGAAAUUAAAUCACAAUCAUUUUCUUUACUCCUUCACACUUUGUUACAACUUGUGCGUCAAAGUAUUCAACCACCGAAAAAAUCAGUUCUCUCGCUUAAGGACCAAGUUUUGCAAUUUCUUCACAACUAUAAUGACAAAAAUGCACCUUUGUUCUAUUUAAUGGUAAUAUUUCUGUCUUUACUUGAUAAUGAUACACAAGCUUUUUUCUUCAACCUCGAACAAGUUCGACUGAAUAUCAUUACUUUCGAACACUAUGAAAAACUCAAACAAAAAUUAUCCAAUUUGUUCAAACAAGUCAAAGAAGAUUGGUUGAAGGAAUGCUUACAACAUAUUGCAACAAGUCUGACAACUCGAUAAUUAAUUAUACUUCCUGUUUUUUUAAAAGAAAACAUAAUAAAUAGUUUGAAGACUUUUAAUGGCUCGAAUUGUUUUGAAAAGCUUUCAUUCACAGAUAUCUCGAAUCAACGCUAACAACUUUAAAAACAAAUGAUUGACAUCUACACUUCAUUUAAAAUUAAUUUCUUUAUUGAAAUAUUGUUUCAUACACAAUCUUGAUAAUAUAUGAGAUUCAAUCCCAAUCAGAUAAUAAAUACAUACGUUCUGUAUCCGAAUGACUUGUGUACAGACUUUGAUUUCAGUGCUAAUAAUGCAAAGGUUAGUGCUGGUGGUUAAUAAGAUUGAUCAUGAUCGGGUCAAAUAAUCAUCUUCACGACACAAAGUACGACACACAAAGCA